UCAAGGAAUCAUUUCUCUGCCCAACAGAUACUGUUCUUCUCAAUACUACAGUCUGGCCACUACCCGAGCAGUUAAACUGUGUUUAUAAUAGUCUGACGUUACUUUAUUUCUUACGUAACACUGCACUUGGUUUAGUUGCUGCUGCUAUAGUUGUGAUUAUGAUUGGACUUGUUUGGUGUUUUGUGCGUCACACUAAUGAGCUUGGUGCUAAAGACAUUGCUGCUUUCUGUGAUGUCUCUUGCCUACCUCCUGAGGAAUAUCCUUUCCCGUCUACUCGAAAAAUUCUUCACAGGAUCUUAUACUGUGGCAAGAAGGAGAGACUCCUAGAGAGGUACCAGCCAAAGCCGCUGGUUGAAACUCAAAAGGAACAAUUGAGUAUGGUUGAAGAGAUAAGUCCAAGCCAAAUUGAGAACAAUGCCAAACCAAAUCAAACUGAAGAAGAAGAAGAGAACAAAGAACCACUCUGCUGUCCUUACUUUACUGGUUUCUGGAACGGGCUAAAGCAAAUUUUCAUUCCGCGCAUACACACAGAUCUUGAUUUUUUAGUAGCUCGACUGUUUUAUGCUGAUUCUGGCCAUGGACAAGUGUUCAAAGAUAUUCAAAUACAGAAAGAAUUGAAUGACAAAAUAUCACAAGAUCACGAGCUACUUUACCUACUUAACAGUGUUCACUCACAUUUGCUAAAAAAGCGUAUUAAGAGAAAAUUAGCUUAUAGAAGGAAAGGCAUACCAAUGCCCGAAGACAAAGAAUGGGAGCGGUUGAAAGAUUUAAAGAAGUACUUUUUUGAAUCAAAAUUUGGUGAAACAAAUCCUGAGGAAAAAGUUUAUUCGUUCUUUAAGAAAGACUUAGGAGUUAGGAGCACUGAUUGGUCUCAUUCUCCAUUGAGAAGUGUAUUGUUUGGUUUCCUCAAGUUUGCUCCAGAUAACAAGCUAGCUUUAGAUAUUUCUUUUGGCAAUAGGACAGGCCAUUCUCUGAUCUUAGCAAGAGCUUUCUAUCAAUCAGUGACAAUACAUUUCAAUACAUAUUACAAGAAUCCAAAGGAGAUAUGUCGAGAGGACAUAUACCAGGCAAACUUUCGAACGUUUACCUACCAAGCAGACAUAUUCAGUCAAAAUGCCUCCAAAAUUACUGAAUCUGAGCAGCUAAUUAUCCGACUGUUCAAUGAAGACAUUGAUGGACGUCAGAUAGAUCUUAUUGUGAUAGGACCAAUGACUGACCGUUCCAAAAUCGUAACAACCAAUCUUUUGAUUGAGAAGAUGUAUGGACGUGGUGUGUACUUUAGAGAGGGUGCGAUUCUGCUAGCCAUGCGUCCAUUAAUGAUAGGAUCAAAAUCUUGCACUGGACGUUUCAUUCAAUACGAACCUCCUGAAGGGUUAUUUGAUAACAUAGGCAAUGAAGUGAAUGACUAUCUUGCUGAAAGCAAUGUACCAGUUUACUCUGUUAGUUCUACUGGAGCUGUUAAAAAGAUAGAGCAUGCAAGUCAAUACUACAAUCGUCAAGGAUCAAGAAGUACUCUUAGGAGACGACACACUUUGUCUCGACUUAUGAGCAGAAAGGAAGAGGUCCUGCCAUGUGGGUUAGCGAUAGAGUGUAAUAAAAUUCAAUGCCUUUAUGAGUUUCGAGUCUUUCGCUAUAAGGCUCAAGAAGAAGACCCAUUGGCUAUAAUACCUGAGGAACAGCCAAAUAAUGACAUCAAUGAAGGAGAUAUCCUAAGUAGUGGCAGAGAUGAUGUUACUAGUCAUAGCUCUGUGCCUCCUCCAAUAGCAACGAAGGAGGAGUCAGUUAAUGAUAUUGAAUCAGGUUUUGGUGGGGAUGUAGCAACUGGGAAGCUGGUGUCACCCAUUCAGUCGCCCACUUCAAUGCCUAACUUGACACUUCCAUCACCAAUUCCUAGGAAUGUUAGCAAAUCACAUCCUAACUUGUGAAAAUUUUGUAUUUUAAAUUA